AAAAUAUCAUUCAACAGUCAACUACCAAGGCAAGCUUUUUGCUCGCAUUCAAAUUAGCAAAAGCUAGCAAGCCCUUCUCCGAAGGCGAGUUUUUGAAAGAUUGCAUGGUGGAGACUUCAGGUGUUCUAUGUCCGGAAAGCCAAGGCAAGUUUGAAAAGAUCGCUUUGUCACGUCGGACUGUGACUCGCCGUGUGGAACUGAUUGAUGAACAUAUAGCCAGCCAAAUAAACAAAAAGGCAGAGUGCUUUCAAUUAUAUUCACUCGCACUUGAUGAAAGCAAUGAUGUAAAAGACACGGCGCAGCUCCUAAUUUUUAUCCGAGGGAUUAAUGACAGUUUUGAGAUAACGGAAGAGUUUUUGAGCAUGGAGUCCCUAAAGGGAACAACGCGGGGAGAGGAUCUGUAUGAAAAGGUGUCUGCUGCCAUUGAGACACGUAAACUACCUUGGAGUAAACUUGCCAAUGUCACGACGGAUGGAUCACCAAAUUUAACAGGAAAAAACGUUGGGCUGCUGAAAAGAAUCCAGGAUAAAGUAAAAGAGGAAAACCCUGAGCAGGAUGUUAUUUUCCUUCACUGUAUCAUCCAUCAGGAAUCACUGUGUAAAUCUGUAUUGCAGUUUAGUCAUGUCACUAAUCCAGUCGUAAAACUUGUUAACUUUAUACGCGCAAGGGGACUCCAGCAUCGUCAAUUCAUCGCUUUCCUGGAGGAAACUGAUGCAGAUCAUCAGGACUUACUUUACCACUCUCGUGUUCGUUGGUUAAGUUUGGGCAAAGUGUUUCAACGCGUGUGGGACCUGAAAGAGGAAAUCGGCGCAUUUUUGGAGUUCGUGGGGAAAUCUGACGAAUUUCCUGAGCUAAGCGACCAGAACUGGCUUUGUGAUUUUGCGUUUGCCGUGGAAGUAUUUUCACACUUGAAUGAGCUGAAUGUGAAACUGCAGGGGAAAGAUCAGUUUGUGCACGACAUGUACAAACAUGUUACAGCCUUCAAAUCUAAGCUAGCUUUAUUUUCCAGACAAGUUGCAAACGCAUCUUUCACUCAUUUCACCACACUUGCCACACAGAAAGAGGCGACGCAAUACGCAAAGAAAUACAGCAAAUCACUUGAGGACCUGUACAAAGAAUUCAGUCGCCGGUUCUCUGAUUUUGAAAACAUUGAAAAGUCGCUUCAGCUGGUGUCCUGUCCGUUCUCGCAAAAUCCUGAAACAGUACCACCAGAGGUGCAAUUGGAAUUGAUUGAUCUUCAGUCUGACUCCACCUUGAAGGAGAAAUUCAGCACGCUUAAACUUAACGACUUUUAUGCUUCACUGAACGAAGCCACGUUUCCAAACCUCCGGAGGACGGCCCAGAAGAUGCUGACCUUGUUUGGCUCGACCUACUUAUGUGAGCAAACAUUCAGUGUCAUGAACAUAAACAAAGAUCGUCACAGGUCCAGGUUAACUGACCAACACCUCGGAUCUAUCCUGAGAAUCGCCACAACAAAACUUACUCCAGACCUUGAUGCACUGGCAAAACAGGGAGAUCAACAACACUGUUCCCACUGA